GAGAGAACAGACGGGGUGGGGGAAUAGGUUGAUCGCAGGAGACAGAAUUUACCCGCUUGAUAACGACACGCGGCGGACCGCGUAGAUGAGGCACACCGUAGGUAUGUGUAAGGGGACCCACCAUCGCGGAUCUGUCUCGUACGAUCGGUUCCUCGGGGCGGAAGGUGGGGAUCGUCUGCAGGCUCCUCCGGGCAGACGGGCCGCUCUCUGUGUGUUGCGCUACGGCACCUCAGUUGCGGAAGAAAAGCCCUGCUUUUCGGACGCGAAUCUAUAUUUCGCGGGGAGAGAGCUGCACGUUGCUUCGCCACGCUCGCCUGCGAGCCGCCGACCGAGGAAUCGUGUCACCGCCCGGUCGCGAGCCCGGUUCCAUCCGAUCGGCGAACUUUGUUCGCCCGAGGCUGCAACGGUUCGAACGAGCUGGCGCUCGUCAUCGUCCUCCUGCUCGUCUCCGAGCGUCAGCCAGCCGCGCAUAAAUCGGCGGGUCGCGCGCACGAGCUGCAGCAGUCAACCCCCUGAUCUCCCGGCGUAGGUGUUGGCCCAACCGCGACCGAGCCGAAACAUGGAGAACACGUGACCGUGACAAAGUGACGGGACGACACGAGGCGCGUUACUAGUAGAAGCGAAAGGAUAAGAGGAAGAAGGAAAGACGAGGAGGAGAAGCAACAGCAACAGCAACAGCAACAGCAGCAACGCGUGAUUCCGCGUGAGUGAGCGCGGGGGUUGAAGCCGAUCGGAACGGAAAAGCGAUGCCAAGGGCCGCGUGGAAGACAAAGUCACAUCGUAUUCGUGCGAUACGCGAUUGAGGUCACUGAAGAGGUCCGCGCGAAGUCGCAGCCGCCAGCUUGUGCUGCUUGCUAGUCGCGGGCAGUCGCGACUAUUAGCUCGAGGCGAAGAUGAAGAACAACUCGAGCAACUCGAAUCACGAGAAGAACGGGCCGGAGAACCUGAAGCUGCUGCAGGUGCCGACGACGCCGCCAGCUACACCCUCGUCGCCUACCACGCCGACCAGAGGUGUCGAGGAUGUCUUCAGGGAGCUGCCGAUCACCGACGACACCUCCUGCGGCAUAUGGUGCUUCAAGGGCCCGAUCUUGCAGCGGUUCGCCAACAAGAAGGCCUACGUGUUCCUCUACGGUGUGCUCGGCUGCAUAUUCUCCGCCAGUUACGCCUACUUCAACGGCACCAUCACCACCAUCGAGAAGAGAUUCAAGAUACCCUCCAAGACAACGGGUCUCAUCACAGUGGGAAACGACAUCUCGCAGCUUUUCGUGUCCGUCGUUCUGUCGUAUUACGCAGGAAGGGGUCACAGGCCUCGAUGGAUCGCAUUCGGUAUUUACACCGUCGUGCUCUUCUGCUGCCUAACGAUGCUGCCGCAUUUCCUCUACGGGCCCGGCGAGGACGCCCUGUCGCUUACCAAGGAAUACGGGACGAAGCCGCAGAGCACGCGGAACAUGAGCGUGAUUUCCGAGAAGCACCGGAAAUUCCUCUGCCUGGCCAGGGAGAGCCGCACCACUGACUGCGAGGUCGACGACGUGAACUUUGCGCCUCAGGUGCUGCUCUUCAUAGCGCAGUUAGUGUCCGGAGUGGGUGGCUCCCUUUACUACACCCUCGGAGUGUCGUACAUGGACGACAACAUACAGAAGUCGAAGACGCCGGCGUUAAUCAGUUUCUCCUACUUCCUGAGGAUGCUGGGGCCGGCGAUUGGCUACGGGCUGGCCUCGUUCGCCUUGAAGUUCUACAUCAGCCCGACCCUAACUCCCACCAUCACGACGCAGGACCCGAGGUGGCUGGGCGCUUGGUGGCUCGGCUGGAUCAUCUUGGCCAUUCUGCUGUUCAUCUUCGCGAGCGUGAUCGCCCUCUUCCCGAAGACCCUGCCGAGGGCGGCCGCGCGCAAGGUCCUCGCCUUGGAGCGCAACCGAUCCGCCGCGAGCAUCAAGGGCGAGCAAGAAUCGGAGCUACCGGCCUCGAUCUCGGACAUGCUGAGGACAUUCAAGCGGCUGCUCACCAACACCACCCUCAUGUGCAACAACCUGGCGACGGUGUUCUACUUCAUGGGCUACAUGCCGUACUGGAUCUUCAUGCCCAAGUACAUCGAGACCCAAUACAAACAGUCGGCGUCCGUCUCGUCGCUCAUCACCGGCACGGUCGGCCUGGUGUUCAGCGCCUUCGGGAUCCUGCUGUCCGGUCUGAUCAUCUCCAAGUACAAGCCGAAGGCCAGGUACCUGGCGGCGUGGAACGUCAUGAUCGGCAUCAUAUCGAUCAUGGGGAUGAUCUCCUACGCCUUCCUCGGCUGCUCGGCGAACGACAACCAGAUCGCCAUCCAGCCGAGCGGCGCCCUGAAGACCAAGCUGCCCUGCAACGAGCAGUGCAACUGCGACUACGUCACCUACAACCCGGUGUGCUCCGAGCACGGGCAGACGUUUAUAUCGGCUUGUCACGCCGGCUGCCGAAACAUGAAGCUUUUCAGCAACGGCAGCAAGGUUUACACGAACUGCAGCUGCGUGAAGCCGAAGCUGUCCCGCUCUCUCACGCACUCGUACGCCAACAUCACCUUCCCGUUCUCCACGGAGUCGCCGCUGGACACUACCGAGCCCCUCGUCGAAGCUCUGGGAACGGCUAUUCCGGGCUCGUGCCCGGUCGACUGUAUGCACAAGUUCUACAUCUUCCUCACGGUGGUGUGUCUGCUGAAGUUUAGCGGGGCGACCGGGAGAGCGUCGAAUUUUCUGGUUUCCGUGCGGUGCGUCGACGAGAAGGACAAGACGGUCGCCAUGGGCUUCGGCUUGACGAUCAUGAGCCUCUUCGCCUUCAUACCGUCGCCUAUACUGUUUGGAUUCAUAUUAGACAAGACCUGCCUCGUGUGGGGCAAAACGUGCUCGGGCACGGGCAAUUGCUGGCUGUACAACGGCGAGACCCUGAGGUACCUGCUGAACUUCACCGCAGCCAGUUUCGUAACGAUCGGCACGUUAUUCGACGUGGGUGUCUGGUAUUACGUGAAGGACGUGAAGAUCUUCGACGAGGAGAUCGAGCUGGAGGACAUAGCCGAGGAGCCCGGCGAGACGCUCUAAGGAAUAAUUAUCGACUUCGAGUAAGCUCACUCGCGCCCCUACGGGGCGUGCGUCGCGCGAAAGGGAGCCUCACGAGGGGAUCACGAGGAGGGAGGGCGAAGAAGGAGCAACCGCGAAGGACGCCGCGAUGAGCGAGAACCGACAAAUAAAGACUUUACAAGUACCUUAAGCAUCCCCUUAGAUAUAUUUUAAGUAAUCUAGACAGAGUCGAUCGAUUGGUAGAUCAUCCGCGGUACUCGAAGACGAGAGCAACGCGAGACCCCUUUCCCAGGUCUCGUCGAUCCCGGCCUAAUUAUGACCCAUCGCGCUUCGAUCGCGACAGCCGCGCGACGGCUGCCGAAUUAGCGCCUGCGGUUUGCGGCUGGAACGUAUAUUUUGCUUUACUUUGGAUUCGAGCGCGAGCGAGCGCCAAAGAACGAAGGCCGGUCUUAAUUGCGCCGAUUGUGCCGAUGGCUCAUACGAGGUGUAUCGGAGGUGUACGCGCUCCGUGCGCGCCGCUUACAGACUGUUAAUGAUGAGAGCAAUGAUGCACGUUGUCUUAGCGCAAAUCAUCUAUAAAGUCAAAUAAUUGUACAUACAAUGAUUACACUUGUGGAAUCAGUAUAUAAAUAGUAAGUAACUAUAAUUUAUCUACUCUCGCACGCGUGCACACAUACACACACACACACACACACAUACAUAAUAACAAUUACACGUAUGAUGUAUAUAUCGGUUGUUUAGACAACGAGUUGCGAGCUCCGCUCGAAAGAAUCCUUUCCCGGAGCGUCGGAAUGGAAUUUUAAUCUAUAUGCAGGACUCGUGUCGAGCGCGGUCGGCUUACUUUCGAGUAAAGAGGUUGUCACCGUUGCCGCAGAGAGGGUAGAGAGAGAGA